AUGUCCGUACGUUGGUCCUUUGGGUGCUUCGAUAUGGCUGUUGAGCUGAGAGAAAUAAUCGAGUAUUUGCGAAAUUAUAAAACAAGUGAUAAUCGUUUUCUAUGUGAAAGUUUUAUUCGAGCUCCAUCACGCAGAACUGAUCCGGAAUAUUUUAAAGUGAUUUCUCGACCAAUUGAUUUAACUCGCAUUCAGCAAAAAAUUAAAACUGAAGAAUAUGGCAGUUUAGAUGAACUUCGCUCCGAUAUAGAAUUGCUUAUUGCUAAUAGCAAGAAAUAUUUUAAAGAAGGAAGUCAAGAAUUCAGCGAUGCUUGUGAAUUAUCACUCAUUUAUGACGAUUAUAUUCAGAGAUAUUAUGAAAAUACAUCCCAUAAAACUAGCAGUCCAUCCACUUCUAGUGAAAAUCUCCAUAAUAAUUGUGGUAUUAUGAGGAACAAUAUAUCAUCCGGUGGUGAUAGAAUUGAUAAUACUUUAUUGGAAGAUAUUAUUGUCACAGUUCUUGAUCUGACUGAUGAAACUGGACGCUUGCUAAGUCCUCCUUUUCGUGUGCUUUCACCUCGUGAGGAAUUUCCAACUUACUAUGAGAGGAUAAAAAAUCCAAUCGAUCUGAAAAUAAUUUGUGAAAAAAUAAGGAAUGGUGAUUAUUGUAACUGGGAUAGUUUUGAUAAUGAUUUUCGACUUAUGUGCAAAAAUGCAAAACUUUUUAAUGAACCUGGGUCAAUCAUACAUAAGGAUGCAAGUAUAUUAUUGCGACAUUUCAAUAAAAUUAGAGCGGAUUCGCGAAAUGAAGUCGCCAAACAUCUUUCACUGAAAAGGAUAAAUAAAAAUAAGAGCGUAAUUGAUGAACUUUUAUCUCAAAGUGCUUCGAAUAUGAUUUGUGAAUAUUAUUCGGAAGAUUCUGAAGAGGAUGAAGAUACGGAACAUAAUGAUGAUCCAAAAUGGGUUAUGUAUUGGACAGUUAGAAAUGAACCAAAUCCUAAUGAUCCUGAUAGUUAUUUAUCUGAUUACUUUACGGAAUUGCCUAACAAAAGUUAUUAUCCAGAUUAUUAUACAGAAGUCAAAAACCCUAUGUCUUUAUUUUUGAUUAAUAAGAAACUGAAAAGAGGUGAAUAUGCAUCAUUGAAAGCCUUGAUGAGUGAUAUUUACCUUAUCUUCGACAAUGCUCGUAGUUACAAUAUCGAAAAGUCGAACAUAUAUGAAGCUGCGGUUCGAUUAACAAAAAUUGCAACUACGAAAGCUCGUAUUUUGCAGAGACUGGAAAACCGGAAAACAAAUGCGGCCGCAAUUGCAAAUAAUGCUAUUAAAACUGAAAAUAAUUUGGCAGUUUCUUCCGAAGGGAAUUCAUCAAUGAAAACUGAAGACUCGAUAUCAGAGAAGCAGAAUGUGGAUUUGAAUGAAAAAUUAGUUUCAGGUGGUGAAGAUGUGGCAGUAAGAUCUACGAAACGAAAAUACAAGAAGCAUAAGAAGUUUCCAUGUUCCGCUUCAUCUUCCGCUACUAGUAUUGAUAAAACUUUGAACUCUUCACGUGGUGAAAGAGUAGGUAAACCCGGGCGUAAAAGUAUGCAUGAGUUACUGGAUCGUUAUCGUGCGAAACUGUUGAAUAUAUGGAAUACAAUUUGUAAUUUCAUGGAGGGUGAACGAAGAUUAUGUGAUGCUUUUAUGGUCGCACCAUCUAAAAAUGAUUGCCCUACUUAUUACGAUAUUAUCAAAGAACCCAUCGAUCUAACUACGAUAAAAGAAAAAAUUAAGGAUGAUAAGUACGCGACAUCAGACGAAUUUAUGACAGAUAUAAAUCUAUUAUUCAAAAACGCGCAAACAUUUAAUGAACCAGGAUCACAAGUUAGUAAAGAUGCCAUCAUACUUAAUUCAAUUGCAAAUGCUUCUUUAAAUGCUAUUCCAACACUCCCACUUCUGAAUCCUCUUCAUCUGAAAGAGAAAUAUGGUGAACCAGUAACACUGAGUAGAACUUUAUAUUCUCGAACAGCAUCUCCACGCAUCUCAUUUAGUGUUGCGAAUAACCAUAGUCAUACAAAACGAGUAAUGUUGGAAUUAUAUUCUUUGGUCAAAAACUAUCGUGAUUUUCGUGGCCGUCGGCUUUCAACUGCAUUUCUACAGUUGCCAUCCAAAUUGGAUUAUCCCGAUUAUUAUGAAGUGAUACGUAAGCCAAUUGACUUUGCAAAGGUUGGGCACAGGAUUUCCACAAAUUAUUAUGAUAAUGUAGAUGCAUUAAUCUCGGAUUUUAUAACGAUGUUUGACAAUGCAUGUCGAUAUAAUGAACCCGAUAGUUCUAUUUAUAAAGAUGCCUUGUCUUUGCAAAAAGUUGUAUUACAAAAGAAAAGUGAAUUGUGUAAGGAUAAUUUAUCUGUACCUGAUCCUCAGUCUGAACUUCGAUCUAUUCUCGCAUCACUUUUGAUCGCAGUUAAUAAUCAUCAGGAUUCCGAUGGUCGAUGCUAUUCGGAUUCAUUAGCGGAAAUUCCAUCAUUACUUCGUCGACAAGGGGUUGCUGCUGAAAAUAUGCCAUUCACUUUGGAUGAGAUAAAAAAUAAUAUUGACAAGGGCCGAUAUCGUCGGUUAGACAGGUUUCAAGAUGAUAUGUUCGAACUUUUUGAUAGUGCGCGAAUUAACAGUCGAACUGAUUCUCAGCUAUUUGAAGAUACUGUUGAAUUACAAUUGUUCUAUAUAAAAACAAGAGAUGAAUUGACGAAAAAUUUUAUUUCGCCCGCUCGAUUUUUCACUGAGCGUACUUUAAUGAAUACAAUUGACCAGUUGCGAAACAGUAAAUUACCAGACGAGAUGAAAGUCGAUGAAGCAACUACUAACCAAGAUCGAAUGAACCAACCAGCGGAAGGUGAUGUGGAUCUUGAGUCAAUCAGUCAAGGAGAUUUUGUUUAUCGUGUUCAUGAUUAUGCAUAUGUCGCAGCUGCCAGUGAUGAAGUUACUUCUCGACGGCAUAUUAUGCGAAUAGAACGUCUUUUCACUAACAAUGAUGGUUUAACACUUGCACGUGGUAUAUGGUGUUAUCGCCCUGAAGAAACUUUUCAUUUAGCUACUAGAAAGUUUUUAAAAAAUGAAUUAUUUUUGACUAACAGCGUUGACACUGUCACAGUUGAUCGUUUAAUUGGCAAGUGUCAUGUUAUGUUCAUUCGCAAUUUUUUGAAAAUGAAACCUAAGGGUUUUGAUGAGGAUGAUGUUUAUGUCUGCGAAUCGCGUUAUCUUGGCAGACAGCUACACUUCAAAAAAUUAAAACAAUGGCCCUACAAAGAGGAAAUCGAAAAUGUUGAAUAUGAAAGGAGAGAUGAACCGCUGGUAACACUUAGUCGAGUAGCUUCUGUUUUUGCGCAAAGCAAGUAUCAAAAUUUGAAUCGCACUAGCGAACAGAUGCAAAUAAAUGAUGAUAAUGAUGAAUCCAAUGAUAAUUUGCCUAUCGAUGAGCGAUUAAAAAAUCUGCCACCAGUACUAGAAAAAGAGCGAGUUGAAGUAGUAACCAAUGAUCAGAAUCACAAUCCAGAAGAUCAGCGGAAUAUUGCACAUUUUUACCAACAAAUGGAAUAUGGUGGUCGUUGGUAUCGACUGGGUGAUUUCGUUUACGUUUAUAAUCCAUUAAAAAAUCGUACAGCUAUUCUUCGUAUCGAUAAAAUGUGGAGGACUAAAGAUGGAGAUUCAAUGUUUUCUGGUCCAUAUUUUGCUCGCCCUGGAGAAAUCGAUCAUGAACCAAGUCGAAUGUUCUAUAAACGAGAAGUGUUUGCAGUGGAACAACCUGAUAUCAGUGUUCCUAUGGUAAAUAUUGAAGCAUCAUGUAUUGUUCUACCUAUCAAAGAUUAUAUAAGAUUACGACCAACUGAAAUUGAUGAAUCAGAUGUUUAUGUGGUGCAGUAUAAAGUUGCUGGACGAGAACCACCAGCUAAUCGUUGUAGUAUCAUGAAAACGGAAUAUUUAACAAAGAAUGAUAUGAAUGCAAUGCUUAACCUGACUGAUAAUUCUCAUAUUUCGGGUGAUGAUUCACAAGAUAAUAUUCAAGUGGAUAGAAAUCGAAGCGUUAAUACGGCAUCUCAUUCAUUAGCAAAUAAUGUAUCAUCUUAUGAACCUAUGAGUGAAUCGUCGGCGCGUAAAUUAAAAAAUUUAAAGAUAUAUAAUUUAUCUGGUGACGUUCUUGAGCCUGAAAUUUUUCUCUUCAAAACACCAAUUACAAUGGAAAAGGAAAUGUCUCCUCUGCUAAUGCAGACGGACAAUUCGUCAGUACCAUUGGAACCACUGGAUGAUAUAGAUGAGACUGCAUCUGAAUCAUUAGAUAGUGUCGAUACAACACCCGGAAGGGUCACCGAAAUUCGCAAGCGUAUAAUGCAAGAAAACCCAGAAGCUGGUUUUGGUGAAGUCAGUAAAAUCGUUGGAAUUGAGUGGAAGAAAUUAGCGGAAGACCAGAAAAAGCAGUAUGAGACUCGUGCAGAAAUUAUUGCGAGUGAGCGAGCGAAACAAGAAGCCCAGAAGCCUCAGCAGAUAUCUUUGCAACCUGGACAAAUUCGUGUUUAUAUAUGUAGAUGGCAAACUUGUGAUUUUCAGUAUGAUUCAUCUGAAGCACUUUAUGAACACGUUAAAACUGCACAUACUUCCCAAAUAGUCGAAGGAGAAAAUCAGUAUGUGUGCAUGUGGGCUCCUUGUUUAAAAUACAAGAAAGAAGGAAGGCCUUUUCCAUCGCUUCCUCGUCUUCAUCGUCAUAUCAAAGAUAAACAUUUACCUGCUUCUGCGAAAUCAAUUUAUCCAGCGCAAAGGACUGCUAAUUAUAAAAAUUACUGUACAUAUCAACAACAAUCUCAGCAGCAGCAGCAGCAGCAGCAGCAGCAGCAACAACAGCAGCAGUCAGCGAUAACAACGAGUAGCGCGCCGGUUGGAGUAACUUAUGUUGCAGUUCAGCAACCAACUACAGGUGGUCAACAGAUACAAUCAUACAGCCUUACUCAAACUCCUAUUACGGGUUAUGUUGCUCAGCUUCGAUUGUUGCAGGCUGUAGUUGCCUCAACUCAACAAAUAGUUGCCAACGGGUUUGUUAAUGGUAGCGGAACAGCAAUCGCUGUAGCGCCAACGGCAUAUGUUACUACAACUACUCCUGCAGUUGUUCAUGGAGCCACAUCACAUGGAUAUCAUCCUUAUCAACAAGUGCGACAGGUUGCAGCUGCUGCCGUUGCUGCCCAAAAUUAUACAGCUAUGCCCGUCCAAUCAAUUAAUUAUAGUGUUCCAUCUACAUCGCAGCAAAGUACACCUGUAAUUUCCGACCCUGGGCGAACGAUAGUACAAGCUCCAAAGCAAAUUGAACCUGUAUUUGUUGCGCCCACUAGCACCGUUCAAGUUAAAAGGGUCAUGCAUUCUGAAGUGUAUCUUAGAUACAUUGAAUCUUUAUCAAAUAGUCAACAACGUACGGUUAGUAAAUGGAAUAGGAGCUUAAGGGCCAAUCCGAAAAACACACCGCCAUCGAAUAAAGCUCUACCCCUUCAUUGGUUAAAGGAAGCAAAGGAUAAUGGAGCGAAAGACGAGGAAAUAGCCAAGGCUUUAUGGAGGCUACGAGACGGUCUUAUAGAAAGUACCUUGAAUAUUGCUAGAGAGAUCGAUUUGGUGGGUCCACUUUAA